CUGUCUCGCACAUGCGCAUAUCGGCGGGUAUCGCAGCCGCACAUUGCAGGGGCCUGAUCCCGGGAUACGGUGACACAGGGGCGGGGAGGAGACGCAGCGGACACCGGAGACAGUGACACAGCGGCAAGGAGAUCCCGCUGAGCUGCCCGGUGACUGGAGACAUCUAUAUGCAGCAAGAGUCCUCUGUGUGGUGACAUUAAGCGACCUGGGAUCCACCAGUCUCGUGCCAUCAUGAGCUCCCAUUCUUCCUCUGGCCAUCUCUCAGCUGCAUCCACAGUGCCCAAGUGGAGGAAUUCUCCUGGACCACCUGUCAGCUGGGGGAUGGCGGUUAAUGUUUACUCAACAUCCGUGACAAUCGAAAAUAUGAGUCGACACGACAUGCUGGCAUGGGUCAAUGACGCCUUACAACUUAACUACACCAAAAUUGAGCAGCUGUGCUCAGGGGCAGCGUACUGCCAGUUUAUGGACAUGCUUUUCCCCGGCUCUAUCCUGCUGAAGAGAGUGAAAUUCCAGGCAAAGCUGGAGCACGAAUAUAUCCACAACUUCAAGGUCUUACAGGCGGCCUUCAAGAAAAAGAGCGUCGACAAAAUUAUCCCAGUAGAAAGACUAGUGAAAGGGAGAUUCCAAGACAACUUUGAAUUCGUCCAGUGGUUCAAGAAAUUAUUUGAUGCAAACUAUGAUGGGAAGGACUAUGAGCCCUUCCUGGCGAGACAAGGGCAGGACUUAGCUCCGGCUCCCAACCCUGGAGAACAGGUCUACUACAAGCCCAAGAAGGCCAUUGGCACAGCAGUCGCACAACGAACGUCUCCAACAGGUCCCAAGACUCUGCAGCCCUUGCCACGACUGCAGACCACAUCUCAGCCUGUAAGAAAAAACCCACCCAUAACCAGGAACGGUGGCAAUGAGCUGGACACACAAAUAAUGGAGCUUAACCAGGAGUUAAUGGAGCUGAAGUUGACCGUCGAUGGGCUGGAGAAAGAGCGAGAUUUCUACUUCACCAAACUGCGAGAUAUUGAACUUAUCUGCCAGGAGCACGAGAGCGAGAACCCGGCCGUCCUCUCCAAAAUCAUCGACAUCUUGUACGCCACAGAGGACGGAUUUGCACCCCCAGAAGAUGAUGAGAAGGAGGACCUUCAGCCGGAGGAUCAGGAUGAAUACUGACCACACUUCUGCCCCUUCUUGUCCCGGCGGACCCUUUGCAUCGUACAGCGAUGCUCCUUGUUGCCCAUUACCCAUCAGCCAUUUUGCAAUAUGAACAUCAGAGGUUGGGAUCAUCCAUCACAGUGACUCAAACGGGCGACCAAUCCACGGAAUGGGCAUUCUGCAGUGCCGUGUGAGAUUGGUGUCUCUUGGAGCAUGGACUUUUCUUUGCUUUGUUGAACAUAGCACUUCAUUUAUUUAGCGAGAGAUUGUGAUCACCCUCCGGCGGGGAGAUGUAUAGCUGCUUUCAUUCGCCUUCCUUCCCCUUCAUCCUUUUUUUUUUUUUUACCAAGAUCUCUGAUUGUUUAUCACAUCGUUGUACAUGUGAGAACUGCUUGUUAUGUUUCUACUAAUCUCUACCUGUCUUCCUGUCACGGUAUCACUUCAUGUGUCUUUUAUUUAUUACUUAUUUAUUAGCAGUUUCUUAUAUAGCGCAGCAUAUUCCAUUGCGCUUUACAAUUAGAACAACAGUAAUAGAACAAAACUGGGUACAAACAGACAGACAUAGAGGUAGGAGGGCCCUGCUCGCAAGCUUACACUCUAUAGGGAAAUAGGCAUUGAUACACAAGGAUAGAUGCUACCUAUUGCAUAAUGGUCCACCAGGCUGCUAGGUUCAUAAUGAUCACCCCGCAAUGUUGGCCAAGUGUCAGGAAGGUGUGAGAGUAAAGAAAGACAAGAUAUGUGAUGUUGUGCAUACUGUACAGAGAGGAUGUAAUUAGAUAGGGUGUAAUUAUUCUACUUCUGAAAUUGCGUAUUUAAAGUGGGGGGGGGGGGG